AUGUUUUGGGCUGCAUUACUCCUGUUCUCGGGUAAUGCCGUUGCAGAGCGUCAUGACUCGGACUUGAUGUCUUUUGUGACGCUACCUGAGGUCCGAGCCUUAAAAUGGGAGGUUGAACACUACGACCGCGAGCGGCUGGCCCCCGGAUACUGGUUCGUUGCACCAUAUGGGAAAAUCUCCCCAGAUCAACCCACCCUGAAAUAUCAGCAAUACCAAGUCGGACCCUACAUUUACGAUGACAAUGGCGUCCUUAUCUGGGCUGGAGCACCCUUGUAUGACAAUCAUAAUGUCUUCGAUUUCAAGCCAGUGUACAACAUCGACGAUGACCCUCAUCUAUCCUUCAUUGUUGGAUGGGAAUACGACGAUUCCAAGAAGGGCCAUGGUGCGAUUGUAAACAGCCAUUACGAAGUGGAAAAAGAGGUCCAGGCUCUCAGCGAUGUUCACGAUUUCAACAUGCACGAAUUCAACAUUAUGGACGGUGGAAAGACUGCCUUGGCCUGCACAUAUCGUUCCCAGCCCAUCAACCUAGCCGAAUUCGGACGCCCAACGGAAGAGAGUUGGGUCACGGUUGGUGGGUUUGUCGAGGUGGAUGUCGAAACCAGCGAGGUUCUGGUCCAGUGGGAUUCACUCGGUAAUAUUGCUCUACCCGAGUCGAACAUGUUCCACGCCUCGGACGCCCCAGCUGGAUCGCCCGGUUGGGAUUACGUACAUAUCAAUGCAGUCGACAAGAAUGAGGCCGGUGACUACCUGAUCUCAAUGCGGUUCACCAAUACCAUUUACUUGAUUUCUGGCCGGGAUGGAAACAUCGUGUGGCGCUUGGGUGGAACGGGGAGCGACUUUGAGCAGGACUUCACCUUCUCCAAGCAGCACGAUGUCAAGUUUGUCUCGUCAAACGGCACUCACCACGUUCUCUCGUUCCUAAACAAUGCGUCCGACGAGCGUGGCAAUGACGAGAAUAUCUCCUCCGUUUUGUUCGUUGAGCUAGACACGGGUGUUGUCCCCAUGACCGCCAAGGUGAUUAAGCGAAUUAAUCGCCCCGAUAGUGGUCUAACCCGACUCCGCGGUAGCGCUCAAGCCCUUCCUAACGGCAACGUCUUUAUCGGAUGGAGCGAACGCGGUUACUCCAGCGAGCAUGCAUCGAACGGCGAUCUUCUAAUGACUGCCCAGUUUUCAUCAGACCGGUACUCAACCUACCGCUCUUAUAAGGGCGAGUUCACUGGUCGCCCCACUGCGCCUCCGGACCUAGUCGCAUCCGUCUACGGCACCCGCGACGAGGACAUGACGACUAUCAUCCACGUCAGCUGGAACGGCGCGACCGAUGUCGUCCAGUGGAAGUUCUACGCGAAGUCCUACGACCACGGUGAUUCCGUACUCAUCGGCACCACCAAAAAAACCGACUUCGAGACCAUGUUCAUCGCCGAUGGCUUCAUGGACUUUGUUUCCGCAGAGGCCAUCGAUGCCGAGGGCAAUGUCAUGCACACUUCUGAAAUCAUGCGCACUGGCACCCCGCCCGACUGGAAAGCGGCCGGCUGGGCCGGUUCUGGCUCCGGCCCUCACACCAACGGCGAAGCGGCCGAAUUGAUCAACGGCAGUACCUCCACUGGCUCCGGCAAUCGCUCAGGCGCCCAAUACGCCGACGCGAAGGAGGUCGCCAAGGCCGUCUACAAGGCCUACGAUGUCGUCCGUGGAGUUGGCGCUCUUCUCAUAUUCAUCCUUUUAACGGGUACUUUGGGCGGAGCUGGAUUCGCCCUCUGGCGGUACCUCCGUGCCCGCCGUAUCAGCCGCUAUCAACACGUCCCCUCUGAGGAGGGUCUCCCCGUGGAAGAAAUUCACCUGACUUCCAACCAGCGGCCUUGA